UCGCGCUCACACACACACACUCACACAGAUACAUUCACUGGAGCGCCGACUCACUGCUGAGCUCCAUUCUUUAAAAGGCUCUACAGCUUGAGAGCUUCAUCCUGCUCUCGGAAAUCACUUGUCCUGGAAAAGAGUCCAGGAUUGCAAAAGAGGCUCUGGUUUUUAAGGAGUGUUUUACAAGCUGGAGGCAUCCAGAGUUUGACAGGAUAGGACAGAGCCAAUGUGUUUCACCAAAACUCUUCCGCUAACCUUUCAGCUGUAAGAAGCUCACUUUAGGAUCUGCCCCAUCCUGGUGGGUCACUCAGCCGGACUGAUGUGGAAUGCGACCCUUUAUGACCCCAUCCCACGGGCCUCUAUUCAAUGAGCUGGACUCGGGAGAGCACAGAUAAUAGAAGCAAGAGGCUGCCCCACAAAAAGGAGUGAAGUAACAGCAGCAGGAGUGUUCGGACUAGUAAGAAAGUUAAAGGGGCCCUUAAAGGUGGGGAAAAAGAGCUUAAAACACAAAGAAGAAGGAAUAAAGAGACCUGUGAAUACGAAAGUCUUUCUGGGGACUGCAAGGCAUUCAUAAAAGCAAGGAAAACUUUGACCCUUAGCCUUCAUUUCACCUCUUAAAUUAAUCCCACUGCUACCCAUCAUGCCAGUGGAGACCCUUCGUCCCACAGAUGGACGUCUGACGGGGGGUCCCUUCACCUCUGCUAUGCCUUUCCGUAUCCUCAACAAAGGCCCGGGCUACUUUCGCAGAGUACCAGAGACAGGAACUCGGAAGCUUAGUGCAGUUGAGCGCCUGGAAGCAGACAAGGCCAAGUACGUAAAGAGCCAACAAGUCGCACUUACUAGACAAGAACCCGUGAAGCCCCCAAUAAUCCGCAAACCGCUAUUAUCACCAAGCAUGUUAAUGCAAUGCAGAAUAAAUACUCCACCAGCAAGGAAGAUUACCCGACGGGUACUUGACACAGAGAAUGGAGGACCGGAUCAUGGCAUGAGCAGAGGACCGCAACUCAAUCUGGAAGUACUCAAUAAUCUAAUCAAUGUUUGCGAUGGGCCACUUGCAUCCUCUUCCAUUCCUUCCUCUCCUUCUCCUUCAGCCUCCUCUCCCUCUUCUGGUGGUCAGAGUGUUGGUAGUGGACAAUCUGCAGAACUGCAGCACUGCAUCAAUUUCAAAGCACAUCUUGCCUCAACACCUAACUCCUCUCGCACAUCUUCUCCUCUUAACAAUCAACCCUCACCUGCAGAGCCUAGUCGAAGGCCGCCUCCUGUCCCAGCUAGAGCUCCCCGACUGAUACCACAAGGUAGUUAUGGUCCACCCAACUCUGUAACUGUACGACGGGUGGAUGUGCGACCUCAAGCGGAAAUCAGAAAACCUCAAAGAAUGCCUCUACAACCCAAACCUAGACAGACCCAACCACAGGUAGCCCAGCCACAGGCACCUCCCACACCUGUUCAGCAGCAACCUUCGGCAGCUCACCCUCCAUCGCCCUGUAUACCCCCCAGCCCACGGCUUCUGCGCCCAGGCAUUAUACCCCCACCUUCCCCUGCUUUUACUCGCCUGUCCUCAGCCAGCUCACGAGGCUCACGUCCUGGUUCAGCCCGGAAACACCCCUCCCUCCACCGUUCCAAAUCAGACUUAAGUGAUCGCUACUCUCGGGCCACAGCUGACCUGGAGCGAUUCUUUAAUUACUGUGGGCUGGACCCAGAUGAGGUGGAUGGAAUGGGUGGUGUGGAGUGUUUUGCCCGGGCAAAUUCAGACAUUGUUUCAGUCUCAAAGCUCCGCAGUGUCAGUACGCCUAGCUCAGAGUGCGGGGAUGGACAGCGAGGAGAGGAGGAGGAGGAUGAAGAUGACGAUAUGGGGCCAAUCAAACCCAGUGAACGAGUUCCCUACGGCAUCUCUGUCAUCGAGAGGAAUGCACGUGUCAUUAAGUGGCUCUAUGGUAUUAGGCAAGCAAGAGAUGCAUCACAAAACAUUUCCAAUGUCUAGAAGCUUCUUUCAGGAUGUCUAUUAUGCCAGGAGUAUCAGAUAUAGACAAUAUAAAGAUGCCAGACUGAACUGAUGUCUUUCACACAUUUAAUAUUUAUUGCAUUCUUGUCUGAAAAUGUUUGAAGGCUCUGACAAGUAAUUGUUUUGUUUGUAUUUGCCUUACUUACGGGAUAAUGUUCAUGAUGUUUGUUACAUAGAAUUUACGUGGACAUCCUGAAUCUUGAGCAUCUGAUGAAUCUCCAGAUGCAGAAUACUACAGACUUUCAGCACUGUGACUUUGAUGCAGUUUGAUUUAAGCAAUAAGACUGUUCUGAUAAAAUGCGAUAAAAGAGUGACUGAAUGGAUGAUGAUGUUGAUGAAGGCAGCAGUGGAUCUGCUGUGCCGGUGCUGUUCAGGUACAAAGUCUUUAUUUAACAGCAGUGCUGUGGGACAUGUGGCCUAAGCUAAUUCCUAGGAACCGUUGUGUUCAUAGUAUUGAAAAUCAAGCAGGUACUUUCUAGUUUUAGAAGCCUUUCUAUUGUUCAAAGAAUUGAGGUAUGAUUGAAUCUAUUUACAUUGCUUUAUGGGGUCGUCAUUUGGUAUCUGUGGUAUUGAGGCCUCAGGGACAUGUUUAAUAAGCCACACCUAACAGAAAAACAGACUGCAAUGUCCUACCAGUACACGCAUAUAGAAACCAAGAUGCACACUAACCCCUGCUCACUGUGCACACACUUUUGCUCCAUAGGUGUCAAAUUCACAAGUGCGUCAGAUGUUUGGUGCAGAUGUUUUUGAAGGCGAGACUAUGAUACUGUGAAGAAUUCAGAGCUUCCAUGGACACACUGCUUCUCAGCAAACAUGGCUGAUAGACUGUUAAUAUUGAAAAGAGGUUUAGAAGUUCAAAAUAUAAGCAUGUGAGAGAUUCUUGUCAGCAUGCACACGUGUGUGUACAGCUGUAUAACCUGGCAAAGCACAGUUGCACAAUGUGCACUCAAACAUGCAUUCCAAAAAACUAUGGACAUACAUUCCGUUCAACAUAAUGUUUAUAUAUGGCUUGUGUGAGUUGUGGUUGUUUGUGAUUGUUCCUUUUGCCUUUUUCAAUGUUUUGGAGAGAGAUUUUUUUGAGUCAGUUGUUUAAGAAAGGUAAGGUUUGAGAGCGGACAGAACUGAAAGAGUGUUUGGCACUAUACUCUAGGCCAGGGGUGUCCAAACUCGGUCCUGGUGUCCUGCAUAGUUUAGUUUCACCUUCCUUCAACACAAGCUGCUGGAAAUUUCUAGUAUACCUAGAAAGAGCUUUAUUAGCUGGUUCAGGUGUGUCUAAUUGGGGUUGGAACUAAACUUUGCAAGACACCGGCCCUCCAGGACCGAGUUCUGCUCUAGGGCAUAGGUCUCAAACUCGAUUCCUGGAGGGCCGCAGCUCUGCACAGUUUUGCUCCAGCAGUAAUCAAACAGAGCUGAGCAACUAAUCAAGGUGUUCAAGACUACUAGAGACUAUUAAGCAGGUGUGAGUUGGAGGUGGUUGGAGCUAAACUAUGCAGAGCUGCAACUCUCCAGGAAUUGAGUUUUAGACCACUGCUAUAGGGGGAAUCAAAUCUGUUAAAUGUGUUUACUGCAGAAUUUUCGCACUUGUACUGAAAAUGAAAGCCUUACAAAGAGAAAAUGUGAUUUUGAUGGAAACUGGUUGAAUUUGUGCACAUAGACAAGUCAUGGGGCUACACAAAAGGAUGAAAGUUUUUGAACGUUUUGCUUUAAAACUCAAUAAUCAAGAUUAUUUUUCCUUGACUGUGCAAUCUAAAUAUAGCCAUAAAUGCAUGAAAAGAUAAAUGCAACAUUUCUAUUGACUGAGAUACAUUGCUUUGCUGGCACAUUCAGAGAGAAAAGACACAAAGGUACGCACCCUCAUACAGCUCAGCGCAGUAGUAAUUGAAGUAAGAGGGUAAUGUGAUGGAUCUGCUAUUUUCUGUGAAGUUUACCAUUGGCUCGGAAAGAGUCGAAUACAAAACCGGUCUUUUGAAGAUGUCAAUAAAAAGAUGUUUUUGAACACAA